AUGGGUGGAGGUAGGUGGAUAUACGGAUGUCCACAAGUAUUACUACUCACAUCCGAAAUGAUAUGUGGAUACGGUGCUUCGCCGCGGAGGAUGGAGGUCCCGGCGGCCCGUUUAUGGCGCUUUCUCAUCGAGCCUUUGCAUGAACCUGGCCACUUGCGGCCCAGCAAGAAUUUUCCAGUUGUCUACCAGUUCGUAUUCAUCUUGAGACUGGUAAAAACCUCGAUCGAUAUUUACCUCCUGGCCACGACUAUGGAAAUCCGUCGCAUGAGAGUUGGUCGAUCAUUUCCAAAUCCCAAAUUCGGCGACCCCCUUUACGAGAUGACACGGCAAGGUGCAUGA